AUGUCAAUCACAAGUUUACCUUCAGAGCUUUUGACUCGGAUCUGUGACUUUCUGGAGCCUGGAGAAUGGGGCAAGUUCAGAGGCACUUGCCACCAAAUUUUUGCCAACACACUGGAAGCCUACACGUCACGUUACUUCAAAAAAAUCUCAAUCAUUCUCACACGUGAAGGCCUCAAACACCUGGAAGGGAUUGCAGGCAGUGAAGUCCUUCGUGGUUCAGUCAAAGAAGUUUGGAUCAUCCCGAACCUGUUCGAAGGCUAUUCAAAAGUGGAUAAGGCAAAACUCAUAGAGGUGGACCCCGAGGAUUAUCGUUCGACAUUAGGACAAUUACCGACAGAGGAAGAAAUGUAUCAAUUUGGGUGUAUGCUUGAGUUUGUCUAUGGACUUUACAAAGCUCAAAUACGAGAACACAUUCUGAAUCUUCAAGGUUCAGGACUCUCGAAGACCCUUGAAAAAUGCCUUCCAUGUCUUGAAAACCUUACGAGCGUUGGGGUUCAAAGUUUCGAUACAAGCUUGCUCCUCAGUGUCCCGAUAGACUUUAGCUGUCUGGGCCUACGCAAAUUCAAGAGCACAUUUUGCGGUGUCAGAAACUACAGGGAUUGGCCAGUAUGUCAUCCACGGCAUCAAGACUUCUCUAUUCUUCACGCUUUAACAUUCUCACAUCUGCUGAAGGCCAUCGUUAAAUCUGGCCGAAAAGUUCAAGCCCUCCACACUUGCGCUAAUCAGACUUGCGGCAUGAAGUUGAAAUUCUUUGAACUGUCAAAAUCAGACUAUGAAAGACUGCUUCCGCUUUUAUCAGAUCUGGUGACUCUACAUCUGAGCAUUCGUUUGGCAGAUUACAAGUUCGAGGUAUUCAAUGAGGCGACGUUCAAAUAUCUUCUCAAGAUUCUGGCCAGAGUUGCGUCGACUCUGAAAACUCUAACCUUUGCCCAGUGGAGUCCCAGUGAGGAAUUGUCCGCUCACUACUUUCAGAAUCUCUCCCAGAGUAUUCAGUUCUCUCAGCUAAAGGAACUGAGUCUUUAUUCUAUCGAAGUGAGAACAGAAACUCUCAGAGUAUUUCUUCGCACAGCAGCUCCUACUCUGAGACGACUGAGCAUGAACUUGGUCAGUCUAACCGAUCCAAUCACCGCAGCCCCAGACUUAGAAGUCAUGAGUGGAGAUCCGGGGACCUGGUACACUUCAUUGUCUAUCGAGGUCAAAAAUGAGAUCAAGGGUCUCUGGGAGCGGGUUUUUCAAUCCUGGGCAGAUCAACUCGACCUGCAUUUCGUCCGGCUGUCUGAUCUUGGUUACCGUGGAAGGGAUAUCAGGUUGAUAGAUCCUUUGCGUUUGCAACACGGACAACGGGAUUCACGGCUUUCUUCCCUGGUACGAUCUUUAUGCUUUGAUACUCAGAAGACGAGUAUAACUUUCAAGCAAUGGGUCACGCAGCUUCGGGUGGAGAUGUGGCAUAGGCCAGGAUUUGGUAAUCCCCGGCUCCCAGCGACAAGCAGGAUCAACUUCAGUGGGCUAAGACAUUGA